AACUCAUAGAACCCCAAAGCAGCGUCACGCUCACUCCCUUCUCUCGUGCCUCUUCCUCUUCUUCUCUCAAACCACUGAGCCAAACCUUAGGGUUCCUCUGUUCUUCUUCGACCAAAAAUAAUUCUUAGGGCUCAGAAAAAUUCAUCCAUUCUCGCCAUUACUGAAGCUCUAACCCCUUGCAUUUCCAACUCUUCAUCUAAACCCUUUCUCAGAAACAGAGCUCAGAAACACCCACACGCAUGGCAAAAACGAGGCCAGGCAGAAAAGACUUAGACUCAUACACCAUCAGAGGAACCAACAAGAUCGUAAGAGUUGGGGACUGUGUGUUGAUGCGUCCUUCUGAUACUAGCAAGCCACCGUACGUGGCGCGCGUGGAGAAGAUCGAGCAAGAUAGCAGGAACAACGUUAAGGUGCGUGUGAGGUGGUACUAUCGACCAGAAGAGUCUAUUGGAGGACGCAGACAGUUUCAUGGGGCAAAGGAACUGUUUUUGUCUGAUCAUUAUGAUGUUCAGAGUGCUCACACCAUUGAAGGAAAGUGUGUUGUACACUCUUUCAAGAACUAUACUAAGCUUGAGAAUGUAGGUGCUGAAGAUUACUAUUGUAGGUUUGAGUACAAGGCUGCUACUGGGGCUUUCACACCUGACCGUGUUGCUGUGUAUUGCAAAUGUGAGAUGCCUUAUAACCCGGAUGACCUCAUGGUGCAGUGUGAGGGGUGCAAGGACUGGUACCAUCCUGCCUGCGUGGGCAUGACUAUCGAUGAAGCAAAGAAAUUGGAUCAUUUUGUUUGUUCAGAAUGUUCAUCUGACGAUGACAUGAAGAAACCCCAUGCCACAUUUCCUGUAUCACCAGGAUCUGAUGGCAAGGUGAGACUUCCUGAUGCACUUUUACUUUUAGUCCUUUUAUUUCAUUGUACCAGCAAAUGCUUCAGAGACAUUAAGGAUUAAAGGGAGAAUGGGGCCACUUUUGUAGUAUUUGAUGGUUGGUGUCAAAAAGAAAGUUCUUACAUAAUAAGAAGUACUCUUUGAGCGGCUAGUUUUGACCCUGGCCAUGUAUUGUAGUGAGUCUGUGUACUGGUUAGCAUGGAAGUUUGCUUCUUGUCUAGAAAGUGAAAGUUUGAGUUGUGUAUUGUUUUGUAUAUAUACUAAUCCAAUCGAGUUUGUAUGGUCAUGUGUGUUUAUUGACACAAGAACCACACAUUGCAUUAUCGAUUUCCUGUGUGGUUUUUCUUAAUCUGAAGGAUUGAGGCAUUUUGUAACAUUGCUGUGAAGUGUGGUUUUCCUAUGUCUGAAUGAUUUGGGCAUUUUGUUACUUGAAUUGCUGGGAAGUUUAAUUAGUUAAAGAUUUAAGGCUGUCAAAUUGAUUAAGAAAUGAAUUAUAGAUAUUAUGAAGCACCCUUUUGACUUUUAAAUGCACUUUUUAAUAUUUCCAGUGUCUUUUAUGUAAUCUUGCCUGGAAGCUUUUGUUUAUGUUUUCUUUUAUUAUGUGUGAAUUUCUGAAUGGCUGAAGUUAUUGAGGUAUAGAUAUAUGAAUGAUAUUCAAUCUUUUGAGCUUUUAUCUUGAUAUUUCUUGUGCCUAACAUACAUGUUCACUUUGUUCGGGGGGCUCUUUCUCAAAUUUAAUUUGUAUUUUAUUAUGAUGAUUUCCAACAUCUCAAUUUCUUAUAUGUUCAUUCCUAAAUUGGAAACUAUAUAAAUUGUGACCUGGACAUUCUUUUGUUGACUAAUUACACUGGGGAACUAAUUUCUGUUUUUGCUUCGAGGGUAGGAGUAGUUUAGAUGUAGGUAUUUUAUUUUUUCCAUAUACCAAGCUAAGUAAAAUGAGGUUCCCAAUCAUGAGGUCGUUGAAGACUGAAGUCAUGACUCACGAUUAACCACUUCAUUACCAAUUGAUUUUUCUAGUACCAAUAAAAUAAGUGGCGUUAAGAAUGGUUGAAUGGGCUUACAAAGUUAAUUAUGUAUGUUCAGAUUUGGAUUCUGUUGACCAAAAAAAGAUUUGGAUUCUAAUUGUAUUAAUCUGUAUUGAGGUUUUUAUAAAAUGAAUACUGUAUGUAAGUUUAUUAUCUGUCUUUCUCUGUGUAUGUUAAAGUUGUUAUGCUUGACUGAUCUACCAACUUCAGUCCUUUAUUCUUCCUUUAAUACAUCUUCUGCAUAUAACACAGUUCAUUUUGGGGGAAAUAAUUCAACCUUGUAAGAGGUUAUAUUUAAGCUUUUUUUUUUUUUCCUUGAAGGACAUUAUCCCCACUUAUCAAUGGUGUGAGUGUGUGGAUUUCCCUUUUUAUUUUGUAUCUUGUUAUUUUGUCCAGUAUAGAGGCUUCAAAAUUUUCUAGAGAUGUUCAAUUUGUGGUUUUGUUAGAACAUGAUUUGACUUGGAUUGUCCUUCUGCUUGAUGUAUUCUGCAAGAUGUCGAAUGGUAGCUGUCAUACUCAUGUUGGCAAAUAGUAAUGGGAUCUUUUGUGAGGACUAUGUCUCAAUGCUGUUGUCUGUUUACUCAGUGACAUUAUUUAGUAGUGGGGACCCUUUGCCAUUUAGAACUGUUAUUUGUAAGGUGGUGAUUAUGAACAUAAUAAAACUGCAAAAUCAUAUAUGAAUAUGUAGAGCUUGGAUUCAGCAUGGAGAGGGUGUCUCAAUGCAUACAUUCAUGUUUCACAUUCCGUCUUUUACUUAUCAUGUGUUAUAAAUUUGAUAGUCAUGAAUUUUCAGGUGGAACCAAAGCGGCGGAAGAGAUGACUGUCACGCGGAAUUAACUCGUCUUGGAAAAUGCAACUUUUGCUGAAUUUGGCUGGCUAUGUGGCAGCUGUUGUGUGUGUGUGUGUUGUACAGCUUCUACCAGAGGCUAUAAACAUUUUAUGUAUUUGACUCAGGCUAUGUAUGUAUGUAUGUAUCCGUGUUAGAUUCAUGAGAGACGUUGAUCUGUUUCCCUUGUGUCCAGGAAGAUUAACUCCGGUCUUAAGUGUUAAUGUCUGAGAUAUAUAACACCAAACUUUGAACACUGGAGUAAAAAGAAAUUAUCAGUUUUCUAAAAUUCGGGUCUUGUUUGUUUGCUCAUUAGCUAUUGUGCAUCAAAUUUCUACUGUUGUCUUAUUUUGUUGCAAAGGGGAAAAAAAAAUACUAGCUUCUGAUUGGAGGGGUUUUCGUGUUAUAUAUAUUCCACCGCGACCCGCAUGUCAUUUCUAUAGGAACUAAAUGUUUGAAUGUUAUUUGGCAACUCAUGAUGGUUUAGCGUGAAACAGGUUCGUUGCGGCUGUGAUUGUGCUUGUUUUCUAGUUUCAAGGAAAUAAAAAGUAUGAACAGUUUUUGGGAUAAUUCAAGUUGUCUCUUUAGGUGUAUUUUUGGGGUGUGUAUAAAAAACACAAAGGUGAAAGAUUGUGGAAAUUGUGUGCAGUUCAAAUAUAGUGUUAAUUUUUAGUUAUUUAAAUAAUAAUUUUGAAGAAAAAAUUGGUUUCUGAAUAUGUAGUGUGGUUGGAAAAAUGGAAGUAUAAUCACUUAAACUAAUAUAUAACGUUUUUUUCAAGGUUAAUUAAUUAUGAAUAAUGUUUUUAUAACACUUAGUUUUGGUGUUUAUACAAGACAUUCUAUAAAAAUAUAGAAUAAUUAUUUCAUAAUUUCUAUAAGAUGUCUACAUAUAAACACUCGAAUUAGGUAUUAAAAAUAAUAUUAUAUUUUAAUUGUUUUUAUGUUGAUUAUAUUUUAAUUUUUCAGUUAUACGAAUUUUAUAAAAGUUAAUUAAGAAAUUUUUUUAUAAUAUAAAAAUAUUAAUUUAACUCUUAAAUUUGAGUUUAAUCAAUUAAUAACAAUAAAAUUUAUUUGAAAAAUAUUUAUCAUAAUUUUAUAAUUUUAAUGUAAUAAAGUAUAUUUUUUAAUUAUUUGAGGGCAUCACAGGGGCUGAGAUCACAAAAUCGUUUUAUAAACUGUCAAGUGGAUACUUCAUUGAUGUGCCUGAUAUAUGUUAGGCACGAGAAUUAAGCCGAAGAAGGCAAAGUAGCAUGCAUGCAUACGGACGAUGUCUAUAUUUACGUAAAAUGGGACACCCUAUGUGCUUGCACAUGAUGUUAUGGAAGCACACGUUAGCUUAAUUCAAAACCUUGAGAUGCAAGCAUGGAAGAAAAAAAAUUUUGCUUCGCUAAUUGGUUGUGUACUAUCACUUGCAACAAGCAUCAGCAUUAGCAUUAGCAUGUUGAUUUCCAACUUUCCAUUAAAGCAUUCUUCAGAAAAACCAUAUAUCAGUUCUAUUACUUGGCUUUGUUGCAACUUGCAAGUGUGCGGGAUCAAUGGUUUCCAAUGAAUAAAAGGUCACUGGGUGAUUCAGAUGCAGUGGGAAUUGGUUAAUCUGCUAUCACGU